ACCAGGUGGCAUUCCUGGAGAAGGGGUGGGGGUAGAGGGGUGCACAAUCCAAAUUCCUCUUGCAGGCAUGCAAGGGGGAAAAAAGCAGACCUCCCUUUCCCCCUCCCCCUCCUCCUCUGCAGCAGCACAACACGGAGCUCCAGCAGCAGGAAAACACAGAGGGAGGACACAAUAAGGCAGCCCAGAUAAGAAAAGGGAUUUAUUGCAGUCUGUUUUUCCUCCACUCCUGCUUUUAUUGCCUGUCGGUAUCUGUGCCGUGGACACACUGAUCUGGUUAGAUUAGUACCGCGGAGGAGGCGCACGGAGGGAGGCACAGAGGGAAGAUGUCCUCCCCGCAGGUCUGCUCGGCCCGCAGACAGUCAUGUUAUUUGUGCGACUUGCCACGAAUGCCCUGGGCCAUGAUCUGGGACUUCACCGAGCCCGUGUGCCGUGGCUGCGUCAACUACGAGGGCGCGGACCGGAUCGAGUUCGUUAUCGACACGACCCGACACCUGAAGCGGGCGCACGGCUUCCAGGAGGGCAGAACCGCCGGCGGCAGCGGGGCGUCGCACCAACACGCCGCCGCCAAGAGCCAGGCGGCGCUGCUGACUGCCAAAGACCCGCAGAUUAACCACCACCAGGCGGACGGAGCGGGGAAAUCACAGCAGCAGCAGCAGCAGCCCGGGUUGGAUCGGUACUCGCUCAGCGCUGACAACCGAGGUCGGUUUGACUACAGCGGCCACAGCAGCACCAGGCUGCCAAACGGGCUCGGAGGACCGAACGGCUUCAAACCAGAUGAAGGUCCACCGGAGCUGAACCGACAGAGCCCCAAUUCCAGAGCGAGGAGCCACGGUGGGCUGGUGUCGGCACCGGGACAGCUGAACGUUCCGCCGAAUCUGCUUCCUCAGACCCUGCUGAACGGACCGAACGCACACGGCGUGGCGACCAGAGCGGCUCCGCAGGGCUCCAUGGUCGGCAUGUCGCUGCACGGACAGGCGGCUCUGACCGACGGCGGAGGCAGGCGGCCCGCAUCGGUGUCCAGCACCGAUCAGGAGCGGGAGCUGAAGGAGAAGCAGCGGAACGCGGACGCACUGGCCGAGCUGAGCGACAGCCUCCGUAACCGGCAAGAGGAGUGGGCCAGCAAACCGAAGCCGGUGAGGGACACGCUAGUCGCGCUUUCCGGCUGCACUCCUUUCGACGUCCGCUUCAAGAAAGACCACGGGCUGGUCGGCAGAGUGUUCGCCUUCGACGCCGUGUCUAAACCCGUCGUGGACUACGAGCUGAAAAUCUUCAUCGAGUACCCCAGCGGUUCCGGUAACGUGUUCUCCAGCGCGUCCAGCGUGGCGAAGCAGAUGUACCAGGACUGCAUGAAGGACUUCGGCAGAGGUUUGUCUUCCGGCUUUAAGUACCUAGAGUACGAGAAGAAGCACGGCUCCGGUGACUGGCGGCUGCUGGGGGAUUUGUUACCGGAGUCCCUGCGCUUUUUUAAGGAAGCUGUCGGGGGAGAUAUGCUGCCGCAGCCCUACAUAGACGGCAGCUACCCGCUGCUGCCGACCUCCCUGGUGCUCCCGGGCCGGGCUUUGGCUUCGAGCAGCGGCAACGGCAGCUCCAGGGCAGGCGUAAGGAAGAGGAAAGCCUCCCCGGAGCCGGACUCCGCUGAAGGUUGCCUUAAGCUGACCGAGGAGCAGCAGCGGCAGCAAUGGAUCAACAGCCAGACGGAAGCCCUCAAACUCUCCAUGGCAGCGGGCUCCUUCGCAGCCACGCACGCUGCUCCGCCGCCUCCGCUCGGCCCCGCCACACCCCCGGAGAGCACCGCGCCCCCGCAGAGCGGACAGUCUCCGAUGGCCGCACUCAUGUCGGUGGCUGAUACACUUGGGAACGCGCAGUCCCCCAAUAAGGACAGAGAUUCCGUGCACUCCACCACCUCCUCAUCCAGACACAACAGCAGCAGUCCGGUGUCCCCAGCCUCGGUGUCCGGCCAGAGACGCCUCUCGUCCCGCAACGGAGACCUGGGACUGUCUGCACCUUCUCAGUCCGCCGGUAUGGAUCAGGCGCAUGCACAAAACGUGCCCGACUCCCCCAUGGCCAACAGCGGGCCACUGUGCUGCACUAUCUGCCACGAACGCUUGGAGGACACGCACUUCGUGCAGUGCCCCUCUGUGCCCAACCACAAGUUCUGCUUCCCCUGCUCCAGAGAGAGCAUCAAGGCUCAGGGGGCUUCUGGGGAGGUUUACUGCCCCAGUGGGGACAAGUGCCCCCUGGUGGGUUCCAACGUGCCCUGGGCCUUCAUGCAGGGGGAGAUAGCCACCAUCCUGGCAGGAGAUGUGAAGGUAAAGAAGGAGAGAGACCCCUGAUGAUUAGAGGACAACAAACUCUGUCUCUCUACUUCCACUGGGGGGGAAAUCCUUUUAAACACGCAAUGAAUUUGCUACUGAGCCUCAAAAUCUUAUUUUUCUUCCAAACAUUCUGACUAGAAACACAUUUUUAAGGAUAAACGUGAAUGUUUUUUUAAUAUAUAUAAAUAUAAAUAUAUGUUUUGAAUCAUUAACCACAUGAGGACACAGCAGUCAUUAAUGAAUGCAGUCAUUUUGUUAAAUGUUAAAACUACCUUACUCAAAGUUUAAAAUAGUGAAGAUGUGUGUAAUUUAAAGAUGUUAAGGAUAUUAGCUUCUCUGUGGUUUUUGUCUUGUCACAGGUUUAAAUUGUGGGACUUUACAUUUUAAUGAAUGCCGAAUGGGAUAUUUUCUUCUUUUCAAGGCUGCACCGUGAGUUCAUCAUUUCGGAACAGGUCUGAGUUUUAAAUCCUGUUUACCAUUUAGUCACCUGCAGUCAUUUUCAAAAUAUUAUAUCAAUAUUGGGUUAUCAAAAUUAAACUUUUUUUUAGAUUUUAUAGUAUUUAAUUCAAGUUCCAAAGGAAACUGUUUCCUGCGUUAAAGCAUUUUUAAGAUUCAAGUUGAUCUACAUGGCUGAUUAAGCUCUAUUUUUUAAUGAAUCAUUUUGUGUAUAUUGUCAAAUGGUUGAAUUAGUCAUAUUUUCCAUUGUGUGUGAGGAGGAGUAACUAAUGAAGAGUUUUUCUGAAAUGUGGAUGUUGGUGAAAAACCUCCGUUGAUGCUGAAGCCAAUUUACUGAAGAUGUUACUUCGAAAAUUAUAAAUACAUUUUAGACAGUUGUCAUCAAUUUGGCAAAUUCACUUCUCUGUGAUGUGGGAAAGUGACUUUUUUCCUGUCCAAGCAAAGAUAACAGUUACAGGGCAGACAGUGAGUAUCUGCGCAACAAAAAAUUCUAUGUGACACAAGUGGAUAUUACAGAAAUAGGCGUCUGAUCAUAAAGCAAAAGAAUGUUGUGUUUCUAUUGUUGAGGAGGUUUGAACAGUGAUGGUGUGAUAUUAUGUUUUGCCCAACAGAUUUAGAAGUUAACACAGUUCUGAUGUACAGGACUAUAACAGUUUAAACUCUUCAUACUGUCGCCUUAUAAUGUCGUGUGUGUCUAUAAAAGAAAUACUUAAAACUUGCAUAAAGUCCAGACAUUUUGUCAUAUGUGUUAUAUUUUUAAGAGGAUCUUUUAAUUACUUAAUUGGGUUUUGAAAAACAUUUUGACAUCAUUUAAAUUCAAGGAACGUGGUUAAUUUGUGAAUACAUUAGUGUUUUUAUUUAUGGUUUAAUUUUUAUAUUUUUUGCAAUAAAACUUUCAAUGCAUUUAAAAAAAAGUUGAACCUUUUAUGUUUCUCUUGUAUUUUAGAUUUGACAGAGUGACAUAAAAUAUGGCUGUCUGUUUUUGAUUUUAUAUUUUGUAUUUUCAGAUUCUGUAGUGAUAAACAAGACAAACAUUUUAUCUUGUAACGUGCCUUGGAGCUGAGUUAGUUGUAAUAAAUUCCAUUGAUAUAAAUCUU